AUGAACAUCAUUUUCGGAGAUGGACCUGACACUGGCUCGACUCUCGUGAAAUCGCCACUUAUUCGAGGUGUUUCCUUGACUGGAGGGAAUCAAACGGCAAUUCAGAUUCGAAAGGACACUGCUAACGAUCUUCAUAAGCGCUUGUCUCUCGAGCUCCGGGGCAUGAGUCCAACUCUGGUCUUUGCCGAUGUCAAUAUCGACGAGGCAGCUUCCGUGGCAGCUUUCGCGGCGUUGGAGAAUAGCGGACAACUCUGUCUUAGCGGCUCCCAAAUCUAUGUCCAUCGAUCGGUUUACAAGCUAUUUCUCUCCAAGAUUACUAAACUUGUCCUCAACACCUGCCGAUUGGACAAGGAACUCGGUCCGGUUGUUUCUCCGGAACAAUAUGCCAAGAUUCGAUCUUACCUAGUGCAGGCUGAAGAAGAACAUGCGACGCUGGAGGUUGGCCAGAUCCCCAAGGAAGUUCCGACGGAUGGAUUCUGGGUCAAUCCCACAGUCUUGAGCAACGAAAGCAACGAAAUCAUUGUGGGACGGGAGGACAUCUGUGGACCGGUGGUGACUGUCUGUCCAUUCGACAGGGAAGAGGAAGUGGUCAGGCUGUGCAACGACAAUCCUAAAGUAAUGGGAGCUGUUAUUUUGACAGAUGAUCUAUCCCGACAGAGACGAGUUGGACAGCAACUUGAUGCAGGCUUGGUUUGGGGGGGCUGCUGGCUUGGACGUGAGCUCGGGGCUGGAUUCACCGACAUCCGGGCUACUGGCUCGGGGCUUGAAGGGGGCACACAUAGUCGGGAGUUCUUCACACGUUUGCGAGCAGUGCACCUUCCGUCUUACUAG